UAAGAAGCUUUUUCCCAAACUUAAAGCUUAUUCCCGGAGCUCGGGCAUAACAUUUGGUAUCAGAGCCCAUUGUUCCACAUCCCCAAGGACCAAAACACUUCCCUCCACUUUACCCAUUUCCUUUUCUACCACCCAUUGUCUCCAAAUCAACCAUGUCAAAUGAAUCUCAACCCAUGUCCCAUGAGGAGCUUGUUGCAUCCAACGCCGCCUUAAAAGCCCAAGUAGAGUACUUGGCCAAAGAGGUAGCUAAGCUCACCAAUAUAAAGCUCAAUGCCCUUCAAGGGAGUGAUCAUGAGGAUGAUGCGAGCACCAGCAGCACCAAUAAGGCCAGAACUAAUGACGGGUCUGACUUCAAAGUUGAUGCCCCAACUUUUGAGGGAAAGAACGACCCGGACGAGUUUCUAGAAUGGCUAGAGACGGUGGAGCGUGUUUUCGAUUUCAGAGAAGUCUCCGAUGAGAAGAAGGUCAAGAUAGUGGCCUUGAAGUUCCGUAAGUAUGCAUCUACUUGGUGGACUAACACGUGCACCAAAAGGAGAAGAAACCACAAGGAGCCGGUGGCCACAUGGGCCAAAAUGAAGUCUCUCCUAAAGAAGAAGUUCUUGCCUGCUGAAUAUGUUCGUGAGAAUUUUGCCAAGCUUCAAACGCUUAAGAAAGGUUCAAAAUCGGUUGAAGAAUACACCCGUGAGUUCGAGGAACUCUUGCUAAGGUGUGACUUGCAAGAAGAUGAUGAACAAACCUUUGUACGAUACCUGUUCGGCUUAAACCUGCAAAUAGCCAAUACGAUAGAGUUACAAAGUUAUGAGUCCUUGGAAGAGCUUACCAAAUUAGCCCUUAAGGUUAAAGCACAAAUAAAGAAAUCCAAAGCCCUUCUCUCCAAAGAUCAAUAUGGGCAACCAAGCUAUCCACCAAUACUCCACAAGAUGGCCCCUUCUACUCUCUUAAUCUUCUUAGUCUCCUUAUUUAUAUCAUUUUCUUUGUCUUGUGCUCAAAUAAACCCUCCACGACCCCAAGCCUUCAUUUUUCCCAUCAACAAAGACACCACAAGCAAUCAAUAUUACACCACCAUCCAAGUAGGUUCCAACGCCACCACUCUCAAUGUGGUAAUUGACCUCGGCGGCAAGCUCCUAUACUUCAACUCCAUAGACUAUUUCAAUUCAGCCUCAUCGUACCGUCCCAUACUAUGCAGAACCCAACAAUGCAAGAUCGCCAAUGGGGUCGGUUGCGUGUUUUGUUUCCAGUCCCCGCCAGUCCCUGGGUGCACCAAUAACACGUGCUCGGACUAUGCCCCGAACCCCUUCACGGGCACCUUGGGGUACAGUGGCCUGGGGCAAGAUGUUUUACGCGUGACCUCCACGAGUGGGGCCGAGUACAGGAUAGAUAAAUUUCCACUUCAAUUUUCGGACCCUAUUCUAAGAGAAGGUCUAGCUAGUCCUACUGCAGGAGUAGUGGGGCUAGGUUUGACCAGAAUUUCCUUACCAGCCCAACUCGUGUCAAACUACAAGAUCCCUGAGAAAUUUGCGCUUUGCAUCCCCUCCUUGGGGAAUAACGGUAAGAUGAUCAUCGGUCAAGGGGCAUACGAUGGCUCGUUUCGAGAAAUCUCGAAAUCACUUCACACCACACCAUUGAUAAAGAAUCCCGUGGCCACUUGGCCUACAGAACAAACAGGCAACGUAAGUGUUGAAUAUUUCAUCAACCUCAAGUCCAUCAAAGUUGGUGACAAAACCCUCCCUCUCAACGAAACCCUACUCUCCAUCAACGCAAAAACCGGGGCGGGAGGCACGAGUAUACGAACCGUUAGACCGUAUACUACCCUCCAUAGCUCUUUAUACAAUUCUUUGAUCAAGGAAUUCGUGAAGGCAGCUGAAUCCAAUAAGAACAUCAAAAGAGUUCCAUCUGUGGAUCCUUUUGGGGCCUGCUUCGAUUCGAAAACUGUCGAAAUGGACUCCAAAACAGGCCCCCAAGUGCCAACCAUUGACUUUGUUUUGCACAACAAGAAUGUGUAUUGGAGAUUUUACGGAUCCCAUUCCAUGGUUAAAGUUAGCGAAAAUGUUACGUGUCUUGCGUUUGUGGAUGGAGGGAUUGGUCGUGCAGGCCCGAUAACCUCAAUAGUUGUGGGUGGAUAUCAAAUGGAGAAUCAUUUGCUUGAGUUUGAUGUGGGUUCUUCGAGGCUUGGAUUUAGCUCUUCGCUUUUGUUGCGCGAUACAAGUUGUUCUAUGUUCGGAGCUUCUUAGGUUCAUGUUUAGAAGAGUUGUCAUGUUCAAAUCUAUGGUAUAUAAAUAAACCUGGAAAGUAUGUUAUAUAAUAAAGGGAGAUUGCAUGU